UACCUUAUACACACUCCACCUCGAUAGGUUCAAUCACUUGGUCUGAUCACGCCGAAAUCUCUCUCAACAUAGAUAAGCCCCGCACAGCCAAAGCGUGGACCUGGCGGUUAAACCCCACACUCUUACAUAACCCCCAAAUCAGACAAACAAUCCAACAGGAGCUCACAAACUAUUUCGAGACCAAUACGGGAUCGGUCCCAUCCACGAACACACUAUGGGCAGCCCAUAAAGCAACAAUCAGAGGAACCAUAAUUAGCGCAGCCAGCGCCCACAGAAGACAAACACUCCGGGAAUUAGAACAACACCUGACCUCCCUAAGGACAAUAGAAGCCAAACACAAACGCACCCCAUCUCAAUCACUGCUCGACCAAAUUAAAUUGCACCAACACGCAAUAAAGUCCUAUAUGGCCAAAGAUUCCCAAAAAGCAUUACAAUGGACCAAACAACUAUAUUAUGAGAAGUCCAACAAGGCAGACACCCUCCUUGCGCGUAGACUCCGACAUAAAACUCUCCAAAAACACAUAGACGAAAUCACUUCGCCUGGAGGCAGAACCCAUAAAGACCCUGACCGCAUAGCCUCUAUAUUCGUUGACUACUUCUCCAAAUUAUACGACCAUAAACCCAACCACACUUUCACUCACCCAAC